UCAGCCUGGACCCCCACCGUCCCAGCUACUCAUGUUCAUCCCGGACACCCUGAGGAGCUGCAUGGUGGAACCGGAUGUCUCGACAUACCUACAGGCCCCUUCCGUAGGACAGGAUGAGUUCCAUCCAUUCAUUGAGGCCCUCCUACCAUUCGUGAAGUCUUUCUCGUACACGUGGUUUAACCUACAAGCCGCAAAAAGGCGUUACUAUAAGAAGCACGAGAAGCGGAUGAGUCUCGAAGAGGAACGUCAGUGCAAGGAGGAACUCCAGAAUGAGAAGCUGGAGGUAAAACAGAAAUGGGCCUCGCGACUUUUAGGAAAGUUAAGAAAAGAUAUUACGCAAGAGUAUCGAGAAGACUUCGUCCUAAGUAUCACGGGGAAAAGGCCAGCCAUGUGUGUUUUAAGCAAUCCUGACCAAAAAGGAAAAAUGCGUCGAAUCGAUUGUCUGCGACAAGCUGACAAGGUGUGGAGAUUAGACCUGGUGAUGGUGAUCCUCUUCAAGGCGAUUCCCUUAGAAUCGACAGACGGGGAAAGACUGGAAAAGACUGCAGAAUGUGCUCAACCGGGCCUCUGUGUCAACCCUUACCACAUCAACGUCUCCGUCCGGGAACUCGACCUCUACCUAGCCAACUUUAUCACUAGUCACGAAGUUCUGAAUGGAAUCUGCAACGCCAACAAGGAAGAAGAAAGACGGCGAAAAGGUGCAGGUUACCACGAACUGUAUAAUGGUGUCGUAUGCAACGACACGAUCCUCGCGACAGGUGUCUUCAGCUCCAAGGAGCUCUGGAUGCUUUCAAAAGCGUCCAUACUGCAUGACCUCAGCGACAUGCAGCCUCAAAUAAACGCGAUCAAAAUAGAGCACCCGCCGUACUACUGCAGCAGCUACACCCCUCCAUCCGCAGCUACCGCCGCGGAUCAUGCUCAGCCCGCGGCUAGCUUCAGUCCACCGCCGGUGCACCAGCUCAUACGAAACGAUAAGACUGAAAAGCCCCCGACGGUUUCGGUUUCGAGUGCUAAUACCUUUCCUCCAGUUCUGAGGCCCGAAGAUGGCCAUCGUGGAAUGGAUUCUCCUCAUUCCCAAACGGGAUUACAUUCACCACACGAAGGAUUGGCUGGAGGCUCUGGUCAGAGUAUGUCCAGUCUGGCCUACUAUCAACCUGAGCACCCUGGAUCUGCUGGGGUCGUUAAAUACCCCGAAAAUGGGCACGACACUCUUUCGGAUUUCGUUACGUUUGUGUGCCAGGAAGCCGAGAACACUCAGCAGCUACCCCAGGUAGCUCUCGGAUUCAAAUACGUACCACAGAAAUACUUCCUCUAUUCCACAGGCCUAGCCAUCGGCGCUGCUGGUGGUGGAGGUAACAUUGAACUCGGAUGCAUCGCAGAAUCCAUGAAGUUGGACAUUGACAUUAUUUUUGCAAAGUACAAAACGUGGCACGGAAAUUUCGUUUACUGCCCUGAGUUGAGUGCUGAAUUCCGUCCAUUGAGAAUAUGUAAGGACUCAAGUCGAAGAGCAAAUAAAUUCAAGGAAAGGAAUAGACUUGGAGACUCACCGAAUGAAGUGUUGUCCUACAGCUUCUCUCACGUCCUCGUUGUCCUCUCCGUUGUCCGAGAAGUUGAUUUCUCUCUCAAGAGAUUGCAUGAGGGCAAUCAUGCAAUGGAUAAACAAAUCUUCACCUACCCUACCAUCAGUUCGAUGUCAGGAGUCAUUUCUCCGACGAAUCUUUCCCUGUUCUCCUCCCCCGUUUCGGUAACGAGACCAGUGGCGACGCAGAGAUCAGUUUCCAACGUCCCCCCUCGUUGGAACACCGGUCCCUUUAUAAACCUGGAGGACGAUUACAACAUGAUAGCUCCAAUUAUUGCGGGUACUGCCAGUGAGCCUCCCACGGCCAUGGACGAUGAUCGCUACUUUCAUCCAGUCCAUACGAGCAAUGUCGUUGACAAAAAUGGCAAUAAUGGGAUGAUGGGCACCGAACUAGUUGGUACUGAUCACAAUUCGCAUCACCAUCAACAACAGCAACAACAGCAAGUGAUGCAGGAUAAAUCCGGAAGACCAAAAUCUCCUCCGUGACACUGGAGUUUCAGUUUUUCUCAACUAUCGAGUCUCCCAUGGUUCGGUUCAUCCACAACAUGCUCAAUGGUGUGGUCACUCGCUUUACCACGAGUUGGCUGCAUUCGAAACACGUUGGAAAAGGAUCGGCUCUCCCGAUUCAAAUUACGCUUCCGCAUCUUCAAGUGCAUGAAAGUGGAGAUGAAGAUCGAAAUAUUCGAGGAAGGCGAUUAAGUAAUCCCCGCAUCCCCGACCCUCUUCGCACCCCCGUCGCAUGACACUUGCCAUUUACUUUAGCAAAUUUUCUAGCAUAUGUCAGGCGAGUGCCGGCACUUUUAUCACGGGCGAUCAAGACUUCUAUUUCUAUAAAAAAAAAGAAAUAACUAAAAGUGAGGACCUAUUUCCAAAGAGGAUGGUUUUGUUGCAAUUUCUUUCAUCUGUAAGAAAGUGUGACGGAUGUUUCAUUUAUCAGAAGGGCUGAUAGCAUUUUAAUCGAGAGGUUCAAACAAAAUAGGAUCAAGUUCUAAUCUUCGAACUCUUAAACUGUGGAAAAGAAAUUACAUUUAGAAAGUAAAAUUAAAGAGUUGAAGAAGGCUCUGAUUUAAAAAAAAAUCUUAAAAGUUCCAAAUAAAAAAUUAUAGUUUGAUUAAAACUUAACUUGCUUGCCGGAUGAAAAACAUUAAUUUUUUGCGGUUUUUGAUGACUGAGGUGUCCGGCACAACCGAAAAUGUUUGUUUUCUUUGUAAAAAUGGUAUUUUCUCUCCAAAAAUUCUUGUGCCAGUUACGACAUAAGGGACUGAGCGGAUUCGUUAAUUGUAAUUCUAGGUCAGGGAGUAGCUAUAUCGUUCGUUCCACGUAAUUAUUAUUGUACAUAGAAACGACAAGGUUUAUUGAUAGAAUGGCGAGUAUUCUCAAGUGAAUUUUGCCUGCGCGACUAUAAUUUGUGAUACCGUGACCAUUAUUAUACCUAUUGACAGUUGUUACGCUGAAACGCAAUUAAAUAUGGUUAAGGGGAAAAGGGAGGGGUCAAUUAUCGAACGAAUUACAUGUUAUAUCCCGGUUGAUAAAUUCUCAACCCGCUAUUAUUAACAAGUACUAUCGUUUACGCCUAAUGCUCAGGCUAGUGCUAACACUAGUAAAGACUAGUGCGGACUAGUCACCAGAGGCUGCUAGUUAGAAACAAAGUAAUAUUUAAUACUCAUAUACCGGUCAGCGACAAUAGCAGUUUCAAACUUUAAUUUUCAAUUUACAAAUUUACUCAAAUUUAUGAUGAUUACUCAUAUUUUAAUCGAAAGACCUAUCCUAUUAUUAUUUCCACCAGUUCCUGUUCAGUAACCCUUACCUUAUCGGAUUAAGGAGACAGUCUGCACUCAAAAAAUAUUUUUUAUCUUUCGGAUGUAAAAUUUUGCCAAUGGUAAUUGUUUACUUUGAUGACUUUUCCAAAUUUUUGAGUAAAUAGCUUGACAAUUUUCGUCCUUAAACAUUUCUGAGUAUGUAGAAAUCACAUUUAUUACUAAUUUCAUUCUUUUCCUAUUAAAAUUACAAUUAUUAUUGGUAAUUUUCCGAUCUGCAAAAUAGGUUGGGUGUGAGAGAAUUCCUCCUUUUCCUGUUCCAGCUCGAAAAGUUAACAUAUUGAAUUUAGAAAAGUGAACAUAUAUUUAUAAUUUAUUAAUGAAAGAAAAUUUAUUUAUGUUUAAAUGUUAAUCCUAGUAAUAUUUACUUUUUAUUAUUUUAACAUUUCAAAUCAUUCAUCUGUUUAAUAUUAAAAUUAAUCAACAAUUAGUGAAGUUCAUGAAAAUAAUUCAAAUCUGUUAACAUUUAACAGAAAUAAAACCUUUGAUCGAUUUAAAUUUCUCGUGUUAUAAUAGCGUAAUCGAUACAAUGAUUCGCCACUUAAAGAAUUUUUCAAGUUAAAAAAUUUAUUCAAAACACAAUAAGCUUUGAACAAAAUUGUAAAAUACAUAUAUGGAUAAUAAAUUUUAUAAAGAUUUCAAUAAACAUAGUAUGUUAAAUCCAUUGUAACUAUUGAAAAAAUUUGUCGCCAAUCAUUGGGGCUCGUUCAACCAAUUAAACGAAUACCCUACCAAUUUUUUAUUAUUUUUUUUCACCAAAAAUACAAAUAUCUUUGGGUCUGCCCAGACUGAUAUUUAUUUUUGGACUCGAAAGAAGGUUUUGCAAAAUGUUACAAACCAUUUAAUCCAACAUUCGGAAAGUCAUCAUAGUAAAUACAAUUACCUUGUUAGAAUAUUACUUUAAAAGUGUUUCCAAAAAUAGAAUUUUAGCUCGAAUAGAUAAAAAAAAUAAUUUUGAGCUGAUUUGUCCCCUUAAAUUAAGUGGUUUGAGUUUGAAACAGUUUUGUAGACAAGAUUGAAAGGGUGCGCGACCUCUCACUUGUAUUGUCGAUAAUGAAAGGCAAAAUCGCGGAUCUUAACGGAUCAAGCGGUAUAUCGUUAAUUUAUUUUAUAGUACAGCGAGUUUUGUAAGUAGUAUAAUUAUUAUUUUUAUUUGACAGAGACGAUCUUUGUAAUCACGUAGUUGUUACUAUUAUGCUCUGUAUAUGGUUUAAUUGGACUUCGUUAGCUUGGUUUGUUCAAUUAACGAAAAAAACGAUUUACAGCUGUUGAUCAAAAUAAGAUACUGAUCGUUCAAUGGACUGA